CGGCAGUGUCAGUUUCUGUGUGUGUUGCUGACCGACUGCAGGGUGCUGCAGAGAAGAGGGGUCACGCCGAUAAACUCAACCCGCAAGACUGCGUCAGUUUAGACGGGUGGUGACAUGACAGAGAUGGUCGGCGCAGGACUGUGUUGUGCCAGCCUGGAGGAGCCCAACGCCUUGAUGAAGAUGGGUCUGAGCGUGGUCCUCAUCGGUCAUGUUAACUUCCUGUUGGGAGCGCUGGUGCACGGCGUGGUGCUCAGACACAUCAACCUCCACAUGCAGGCCCAGGCCAUGGAGUACGCCAUCACCAAUGUGGUCGCUCUAACGUCCGGUCUUGUAGGAAUUGUUGCUGGCAUUCUGGCUAUUAUCCUGUCUAAAAACAAGAAGAGUAUAGCUAUGAUGUGGUCACUGUUCACAGUCGGCCUGGCCGCCGCUCUCAUGGCAGCAGCUUCAGCCAUUGGACUCACCGUGUCUGUGGCGAGGGCCGUCAUUCACGGCAGGCAGAGCCUCCUGACUCACUGCCAAUUCCCCGAUGCCACUGGCCACUUCAACAUCACCAACGAGUGUCCUUUUGACCCCACGCGUAUCUAUAGUACCACUCUGAUCCUUUGGGUGCCCCUUAUAGUGACUUGUGUCAUCCAGAUGGUGUUUUCCGCCCGGUGCUUUGCAGUAUGCAUUUCAUUCCUGGGUCUCUCUUCCUGCCCUAAUGGGAAGAUUGGCAGAGCGAUCAAUGUGGUGAGGCCAAAGGAGGACUGUGCGCCCUCUCACUACGCUGAACCUCCAACACGCUAUGCUGAACCUCCAACACGCUAUGCUGAACCUCCAACACGCUAUGCUGAACCUCCAAGACGCUAUGCUGAACCUCCAACACGCUAUGCUGAACCUCCAAGACGCUAUGCUGAACCUCCAAGACGCUAUGCUGAACCUCCAAGACGCUAUGCUGAACCUCCAAGACGCUAUGCUGAACCUCCAAGACGCUAUGCUGAACCUCCAAGACGCUAUGCUGAACCUCCAAGACGCUAUGCUAAACCUCCAACACGCUAUGCUGAACCUCCAACACGCAACACUGAACCUCCAACACGCAACACUGAACCUCCAAGACAUCAGUGCCAACUUCCUCCCCCUCCAAAACAUCUUCCUCAGUGGUAUCGUAGUCUUCCUCCCUCAGAGAGGCAGCCUACUCACCAGGCGAGCAGAGAAAGGUCAGACAGAGAAGGGCAAGAAACAAGGGUUGGCAGCCAGCAAAGGGCACUGGAGCAACAUCAGCUGCUGGAGAGGGGAACGAUGGAAAGGUCCAGCUUCUGGAUUUAG